AUGACGGCGGAGAAAGCGCUGCCUCUGGGCAAUGGGAAGGCUGCCGAGGAGGCGCGGGAGUCUGAGGCGCUGGGAAGCGGCGGCGGGGGCGCGGCGUCCGCGCGAGAUCCGCGCGACAAGCGCGACAAGGCAGUCCACGAGCGUGGCCACUGGAACAACAAGGUGGAGUUCGUGCUGAGCGUGGCUGGGGAGAUCAUAGGGCUGGGCAACGUGUGGCGCUUCCCUUACCUGUGCUACAAGAACGGAGGAGGGGCGUUCCUGAUUCCCUACGUGGUGUUUUUUAUUUGCUGUGGAAUUCCUGUUUUUUUCUUGGAAACAGCUCUGGGACAGUUCACUAGUGAAGGUGGCAUUACAUGUUGGAGGAAAAUUUGCCCUUUAUUUGAAGGCAUUGGCUACGCAACACAGGUGAUUGAGGCCCAUCUAAAUGUGUACUACAUCAUCAUCCUGGCAUGGGCCAUUUUCUACCUGAGCAACUGCUUCACUACAGAGCUCCCCUGGGCCACCUGUGGGCAUGAAUGGAACACAGAGAAUUGUGUGGAGUUCCAGAAACUGAACAUGAGCAACCACAGUCAUGUGUCCCUGCAGAAUGCCACCUCUCCCGUCAUGGAGUUUUGGGAGCGCCGGGUCUUGGCCAUCUCAGAUGGGAUCGAGCACAUUGGGAACCUCCGCUGGGAGCUGGCCUUGUGUCUCCUGGCAGCCUGGACCAUCUGUUACUUCUGCAUCUGGAAGGGGACCAAGUCCACAGGGAAGGUUGUGUACGUCACUGCAACAUUUCCAUAUGUCAUGCUUCUGAUCCUCCUGAUCCGAGGGGUCACGUUGCCCGGGGCCUCCGAAGGCAUCAAGUUCUACCUGUACCCCGACCUCUCCCGGCUCUCUGACCCACAGGUCUGGGUAGAUGCUGGGACGCAGAUCUUUUUCUCCUAUGCCAUCUGCCUGGGUUGUCUGACUGCUCUGGGAAGUUAUAACAAUUAUAACAACAACUGCUACAGGGACUGCAUCAUGCUUUGUUGCCUCAACAGUGGCACCAGCUUUGUGGCUGGCUUUGCCAUCUUCUCAGUCCUGGGCUUCAUGGCAUACGAGCAGGGGGUGCCCAUUGCCGAGGUGGCAGAGUCAGGCCCUGGCCUGGCCUUUAUCGCUUACCCCAAGGCUGUCACCAUGAUGCCUCUCUCCCCACUGUGGGCCACUUUGUUCUUCAUGAUGCUCAUCUUCCUGGGCCUGGACAGCCAGUUUGUGUGUGUGGAAAGCCUCGUGACCGCUGUGGUAGACAUGUACCCCAAGGUCUUCCGGAGGGGUUACCGGCGGGAGCUGCUCAUCCUGGCCCUGUCCAUCGUCUCCUAUUUUCUGGGCCUUGUGAUGCUCACAGAGGGCGGCAUGUACAUCUUCCAGCUCUUCGACUCCUACGCCGCCAGCGGGAUGUGCCUUCUCUUUGUGGCCAUCUUCGAGUGUGUCUGCAUCGGCUGGGUGUAUGGAAGCAAUCGCUUCUACGAUAACAUCGAAGACAUGAUUGGCUACCGGCCAUUGUCGCUCAUUAAAUGGUGCUGGAAGGUUGUGACCCCCGGGAUCUGCGCGGGCAUCUUUAUCUUCUUCCUGGUCAAGUACAAGCCUCUUAAGUACAACAACAUCUACACCUACCCCACCUGGGGCUACAGCAUCGGCUGGCUCAUGGCCCUGUCCUCCAUGCUCUGCAUCCCACUCUGGAUCUUCAUCAAGCUAUGGAAGACAGAGGGGACGCUGCCUGAGAAAUUCCGGAAGUUGACCAUCCCCAGUGCUGAUCUGAAAAUGCGGGGCAAGCUUGGGGCAGGCCCACGGACGGUGACGGUUAAUGACUGUGACGCCAAAUUCAAGGGCGAUGGGACCAUUGCAGCCAUCACAGAGAAGGAGACACACUUCUGAGCCACACCUGCCACCUCGGAUGCCUCUCCUUUCUUCCCUCCCCCGACCCCGUGUGUAUAAAUGAAUACCUGAGACACGUACUUCACCUAAUGAUAGAGGCUUGCUUGUUUUGCACAGGAUUUAUUAACAAGUUAAUUUUAAGGUGGCCGUGUACACUCUGGUUUAAAGUCCCAUUCCCCUCCUUGCCCCCAGUUAUCAUGUAAGUAACAUUAUGAAGAGAUAAUACUGUACAGGGACUAGCAGAGUCUUCCGUGCUAGGACGGUUUUAACCAAUGUUUUCUAGGGGUUAGGGAGAAGUUGUAUCAUAUGGUCAAACUUUUAUACUUGGGCUGUGGGGCAGGUGGGGUGGGAGUGAUGCCUGAUCUCUGUCAGCCUUUUAGCUGACCUGUCCAUGUCCCAUGUUCCUCCCUGACCAUUAUAGCUGCCCCUCUUCAUGCCCCCAGGGACAGCUUUGCCUUCAAAUCCUGCCUUUGCCAUCCCCAACCUCUUAGCAGUGGGUUUGCAGACAGCAAGGCUGUGUCAGAGAAGAGAAAGUGAUCUUUCUGCCCUGAUCCCAC